UUCAAAGAGCCGGCUCUUGGAACCGGAUCGUUCUUCACCGGCACAUCACUAACGCGUUGCGACUCCCUCUGCGGUCACGCGACGUCAGCGGUAGCGUAACGGACGCAGAUGUGAACAACACACGCGACAACCGGCUCUCAUUUAUUUAUUUAUUUUAGCAUUUAUACCGUGAGUGGACCUCGGUGACACCUGGGCCGUCAUCUCUGGAGGACGGUACGACCGCCGCGUUUGAAUUAAACCGUGUCGGGGACACGCUAACGAAGCUGCGAGUGGUUAGCUUAGCAUAGCUGGUGAACUUUUCACGCACAGACCCGAGCGAGCUAACGGGGCAGGUGAAGCUAUCAGCUAAAGACAAGGACGGACUCUGAACUCCACAAGGGCAAGAAUAUCAGCUGGAUCACUAAGCCUGUCCGACUCCCUUGUGUCGUCCAUCCGAUAGCCAGCUGUUCUCCGGGCGGCGGAGGAAACUAGUCAUGAAGAGCCUCCCGUACUUCUGCCGGGGAGAGGUCAUUCGGGGCUUCGGGAGAGGCAGCAAAGAGCUGGGGAUCCCCACAGCUAACUUCCCUGACUCGGUGGUGGACAAUCUUCCAGCAGAUAUCGGCACAGGGAUCUACUAUGGCUGGGCCUGUGUCGGUAAUGGUGACGUGUACAAAAUGGUGAUGAGCAUCGGGUGGAACCCAUACUACAAAAAUACCAAGAAAUCCAUGGAGACCCAUGUCAUUCACACAUUCAAAGAGGACUUUUAUGGGGAGAUCCUCAGCGUCGUCAUGGUGGGCUACAUCCGUCCGGAGAGAAGCUACGACUCACUUGUAGAAGCCCUCAUUACAGCCAUCAGCAAUGACAUUGAAGAGGCUAAGGCCAAGCUGGAGCUCCCAGAGCAUCUCAAACUGAGAAAGGACAACUUCUUCACGAGCGUUCCCAGCUCCUCAUCAGCCGCGCCCUCCACUGCCGCAUCUACGUCCCAGACUAUUAUGAAUGGCCACUGACAUCUGGCUAUGACUACAGCAGCUGUUGUAUGUGCGCGCACACACUCUGUAUACACACAGGUGUGUUUGUAUGUACCUAUUAAAAUGCACAGCCUCAUUCUGAGAUCUGCUUGCUGUCGCCAUGGCUGCGCACGGACACAAACAUAACCAACCAAUCUUUUUUUUUUCUUUUACUUUGUCAGUGUGUCUGUUUAACUUCUGUUAUUUGUUUGUUGCAGACAUCCAAUCCCUUAAUAGAUCACGUUUAUUUGUAUAAUGCGCGCACCAGAUUGCCUGAAGCUCUUAGGUCUCAGUAGCCGUCUUUCCAUCAGUGUAUUUUUAUUCAUUUUUGAAGUACUGCAUUAGAAAAGGUUGAUGGAAACGUCAAAUUUUAAAACAAACUUCCUCAGGUUUGCCAGAAUUUUUGCUCACGAGGUUGGUUUUGUGGCUUACACAUGUGCUCACAUGGCUCUAUAAUAUAUCCACAAUUGUUCCACAUAGAUAUGACCUAAAUUUCCUCACAUUAAUACAUGGAACAAACAAAAAUGUCACAAUUUUAUUAAUCAUCAUCAUCAUAUAGACAAAUGAUGAGACAUGGCACAAUGACAAAGAGUGAAAGGGAAGAAGGAAAUAAAUAAAACAAAAAAAAGUAAGUAAAUAAGUGACGGCUUAGUGUUAAAUAAGCGUCCUGGGACAUUGUACUAAAUUUAAAAAAAGAAAAAAAAAAUAGCUGAUCAACUAGAAGUCUUUUUAGAUUUUUAAAAUAUGUAAUCAUGGGUUGCCAUCUGGCAAAAUAUUUCUCUGUGGAGCCUUAUGUGUACUUGAUUUUCUCAAGUUUAAGAAAAAACAUCAAGUCCUCUAACCAGGACGAAGCUGACGGAGGGCCAGAAGAUUACCAUGACAUUAGUAUCCUCCUGCGUGCCAAGAGGGAAGAGAAUAUCUAUCAUGUUUUCUGUUUGACUGGCUCUUUUAAUUACGUCAUCUUGUUGGAAAGCAUUUAUUUCCACUCUUUAUUCUCUUUUGCCGAUUUACUCGAAAUUCAGUUCUGUAUAUUAUGACUGUAUAUUUUGAAUCUUUUCUGUGAGAAGGUACCUAAACAUAUUUUGGGAUGAGGGAAACCACAAAACACAGUUUGUAACAACCUGUACGUAAAGAUUACAGAUCUCAUAUAGGCUGUAAACUGAACUCUAAACGCUGUUUAGCCGAGGCUUUUAGUCCUUUUCUGUUGCAAUUUGUUUCUGCAUCACAUGGUUAGAAAGAAAGUCUGGGCAUUAUUCAUUAUUAUAUCUGUAACAAAGCACUGGUUGCACUGAGACUAUAUGCAACAAUAUGGCUGAAUGCAAGACAUCUGUGUGAAAACGGGGAGGUUAAAUUAUGAAAUUGUGUAAAAUUUAAUGGUAUUAAAGUAUCCUUGCUUUAUUUUCUACUUUUCUCUUCUUUUCCUUUUUCUUUUUUGACACAAACUCUCUCCUGUUUAUCACUGCCCAAGAAAUGGUCCUGUUACAUUGGACUGAUGGGAUUUGGAGUUUUUGAUGCAUCAUGCAGAUAAAAGCUUGUAGACUGGAAACAUGGUUAUUUAUUUAAAAACUGUGUAGAAAAACGUCGCCCUUUGGAUUCGAAUGGUACUGUCCUAACACUUCGAACUGCAUUUUCAUUGUCAGCCAAAUAAGUUCUUAUGAGUUAGGUUUUUUGCAUUUUUCACUGCAGCUUGCCUGAUGCUCUGUCUGCCUCUCUGGGGUUGUUACAAAUAGUAAAACAUGGAUGAUGAGAUGAGACAGAGAAGCAUGAUGGCCACAGCUCCUGUUCCCUGCUUUGAUAUUUACAAAGGACAACAGUUUUUGAAGUGCAUGAACACAAAUGUAUAAGAUUAAAAAUAUGAAAGAAUGAUCAAACAGAAAAUUCUACAAUACACAUUGUUUAUUUAGUUUAUGGGGCCCUUUUAAAAUUAUUUUGAAAUGUUUGCCUCCAACAAUUAUAUUCAAAAAUUGUUCAAUUGACCAAGGGUUGCGUAGGUGUGUGUGUGUGUGCGUGCCUGCAGCUGUUAUGCUUUUACAAAGAAAAUUAUAUGUAACUUUCUAAUAUACAACCACAGUAAGCUUCUUUAAACCCUUGUAAAAUAUUGUUUCAAAUGUCUCAAAUCUGAGUCUGUCUGUGAUUUUUGGGCUUAAAGAUUGUAUUGUAAUUUAGUUAAAAAAUAUUUCAGAGCAAUAUGAAUGUUGACAUUUAUCAUGCAACUAUAGCUCUGACCCAAGAAGAGUUUAGCCGUUUUCCCUUCUUUUUACAGUCUGGUAGUUUUUUUUGUUUUGUUUUUUCAUGGAUUUAAAGUCUCUAACAGCCUGAAAAUGGUUUUCAUUAAGGCCAACUGAAAGAAUGAAAGACCCAAUACAGAAAGUAGUACUUCACUGUAAUUGUGUUUUUUAAAAAUUCACUGCUAUAUAAAGCUUUUCUUUUGUGUUGAAUGCUAUGUUAUCCAUUAUAUUCAUCCUCUAAAGCACUUAAUGUACAGAAGAAAUCUCACUGUAACUUUGAAUUGUAAUGUGCUGCUUCUUCAAACCAGAUUUACUGAAGUAGGGUCAAAAGUUUUUCCAGGCUCAUUUGUUGCAGUUACUUGUAAUAGUUUACACCGGGACCAGGGUUACUGCAUGUAUAGUUUUCAUUCUUGUGUAAUAUAUAAUUUAAUCAAAUAAAUAGUUUGAUCAAGCCUGUAGCCUGA